UGUUGGCAGUUUCUUAUGAGUUUGUGUACCAAUACAGACGUUUUCGUAAAUUUUACUACCAAUGGCACUUAAAAUCGAUCAAAAAAUAAAUAUUGAUUCCGAACCUUGUGUUGUGACUUGGAAAAAUAACAAGCUAUUUAUCGGCACUGAAAACGGCUCGAUUGAAUGUCUUAACGCAGAUCUUUCAGCUUCAGCGAAAUGGUUGGCACAUGAUGUGCAAUUGUUUGCGAUAGCUGCAAGUGACAAGCAUGUAUACUCGACUUCAAAUGAUGGAACAAUAAGAGUCUGGACAUUCAAUGGAGAUAAAGUGGUAGAAAUCGCAACCGUGGGAACAGACAUUGGGGCUCUGUACAUUUUAAACGGUAAACAACUAUACGCUGGGGAUGAAGGCGGCAAUAUAUUUGUUUAUGAAGACAAUAUUUUAAUCGCUUCUUACAAUGUGCUAGAAGAAGUUAAAGACGUGAUUGUGAAUCCGCCAUACAUGUUUACGGCUCGCGAUCUGUAUGUUACUGUGACGGAAAUAAAACCCGAUGAAUCAAAGGAUCGUUUUGUAACGCGACAUGUUAUGGAGGGACGUGCUCCUCUACGAAUAAUAAAUGGAUCGUAUUUAUUGGCAAUAGCGAGAGGUGGCAAUAGUUUGCAAUUACACGAGUUGUCUAUGGAUUCUAAAUUCAAAAGAAUUCACGAAGUUAAGGUAAGCGAUAUGAUAUUGACAAGUCUAUCAACCUCCGAAGACAUUGCCUGGACUGGAGGUUGGGACGGUAUUGUUCGUCGAUGGAAAAUUUUAGGAAACAAAAUUGAGGCAGCGGGAGAGAUUAACCUUGGAGCCUGUAUUAACGGACUUGUUGCAUCUUCAUCAGAAAGUGCCUAUGCAAUUGUAACAGGAGGAUCUAUAGUAAAAGUGAAUGCUGCGUGAUUGUAGAAUAUAAAUAAACAUUGAAUUUUGUACUUAUAGGAUUAGGAUAUUUUGUUAGGUAAUAUUAUUAUUUAUUGAAAUGGUAUAGUUUUUACCAUAACUUGCAUUUAAGUUAUUUUCAUAUUGUAAUUUAUAAUCUUUUCGCUUUAUACCUAGCAGUAAUUACUUGUCUUUUACAUUGAGGGCAACCAGAGAUGAUAUGCUUUUAUAUUGUUAUUCCCAUAUAGGUAGAUACCUAUACCUAACUACAUAGGUAGGUACAGUAAUGUGUAAUUUGUAGAUUGUAAUUCAAAGUUCAAACUGCAUCUAACUAAAAUAUUCAUUAAAAAUGUAAAAUAUUUUUCUUUGUUUUAUUCCAUAUUCAUAUUAUUCAUAUUAUAACAUAGUUUUUGGCUAAGGUUUUGGCGAUCAAUGUUAUGUAGGUAGUAGGUAUGUACUAAUGUUACCUCUACUUAACAUUAGUGGAUUUAUUAAAUAUUUGAAAAAUUUA